UUCCUUCUCUGCGCCCGAAGCGCCCUGACGCGACGCGACUGAGGCGGGGCUGCUGGAGGCGGACGGCGCGCCUGCAAACAGGGACCGGAGGGGCUUGUCCGGGAUGGUAGCGCUUCCGUGGCCUCCGAGCGGUAAGCGCCGUGGAGGCGAGGCGGCUGCCUGCGGCGGCGACUGUGCGUGCGUAAUGCAGCUGCCCGCGGGAGGAACGGGAGACUAGCCGGCCCGGCAGCGUGCGCGCCUCCCUCCCGAGCCCUCCGAAUCCGUGGAGCUCCGUUGCGCCGCGCGUGGGCGGCGUUCUAGCACUCUGGCCCCUGCGCGCCCGGGAGAGACGAUGAGCCGGGCCCUGCUGCCGCUUCUCGUGACCUGCGGCUUGCUGGGGAUGCGGCCCCUGCCCGCCCAGUGCCAGGAGGCCCAGACCCCGGACUGGAGGAUGACGCUGAAGACCAUCAGGAACGGCGUCCACAAGAUCGACACUUACCUGAAUGCUGCUUUGGAUCUCCUGGGAGGAGAGGAUGGGCUCUGUCAGUAUAAGUGCAGCGAUGGAUAUAAGCCUUUACCUCGCUAUGGCUAUAAGCCUUCGCCACCCAACGGCUGCGGUUCUCCUCUUUUUGGAGUUCACUUUGACAUUGGCAUUCCUUCAAUGACAAAAUGCUGCAAUCAACAUGACAGGUGUUACGAUACCUGUGGCAACAAAAAACACGAUUGCGACGAGGAGUUUCAAUAUUGCCUCUCUAAGAUCUGUAGAGAUGUACAGAAGACACUGGGAAUACCAGAGAGCGUACAAGCGUGUGAAUCAACAGUUCAACUAGUGUUUGACGCAGUCAUACAUUUAGGAUGCAAGCCAUACCUUGACAGUCAAAGAGCAGCAUGUAUGUGUCGGUAUGAAGACAAGACAGACCUUUAAGAGAGAAGCUUUCGACCUGGUUCAGUUCAUCUGUAUUGUGAGAGCCCUUUUGUUGUUACAAAGCUGUUCAAAGCAUACAGUCGGAGCGUCAAGCUGGUCUACACUUCUGUAGAAGACACUAAUUUUUUAUAUAGCACUUCUUCCCUCUGUCACCUUUGCAUCCUUAAUCUUUAAGGAUCUUUUGCAUACAACUUUGAAAGCGAAAAUUGCAAUUUUGGCAACUGGCCUCGGAGUGGUA